UCCCGUAAGUUGUAAGAAACGCAAAUCGCAUUAGGUAAAAUGCCGAGACUCGACAACGGGGAGGAGUGAAUAUAAGCCGACAGCAGGCGGCGUCAUGGGGAGGAAUCUGAAACAGCUGAUUCCGUUUGCCCUCACUUUCGGAAUCACAAUUUCCUUCCUGCUAUUUAGUCGACAUAGCCCUUCUUCAAUUGAGAUCGACCCUAUGGCGCGAAGCUUUGUAUUGUGGUUACAUGGUCUGGGCGAUUCAGGGCCCGCCAACGAACCCAUCAGGACGCUCUUCACUUCGCCGGAGUUCAGAAAUGCCAAGUGGUCCUUCCCUUCGGCUCCUUCUAAUCCUGUCAGCUGCAAUCAUGGUGCUGUGAUGCCUUCAUGGUUUGACAUUCAUGAGAUACCAGUAACAGCAGAUUCUCCAAAAGAUGAAGCUGGUGUGCUCAAAGCAGUUCAAAAUAUUCAUGCUAUGAUUGACAAUGAAAUAGCUGCUGGCAUCGACUCAAAAAAUGUCUUUUUAUGUGGAUUCAGUCAAGGAGGAGCCUUGACGUUGGCAAGUGUUCUUUUGUACCCAAAAACUCUGGGUGGUGGUGCUGUAUUUAGCGGAUGGGUUCCGUUUAAUGCUUCAGUUUUAGAGCAGGUCACUCCAGAUGCCAAAAAGACACCUAUACUGUGGUCCCAUGGAAUGGCUGACAGAACCGUACUGUUCGAGGCUGGACAAGCUGGGCCACCAUUCCUAGAAAAAGCUGGUUUAAGCUGUGAAUUCAAGGCAUACCCUGGUCUCGGCCACUCCAUAACCACCGAGGAGCUCACCAAUUUGGAAUCAUGGAUCAAAUCUCGCCUACAGAGUUCAUCCUGAAAGAAGCUCCUCCUUCCCUGUCAAAUUUGCAGCAGCAGGGGAGAAAGCUAUUUCUUCUGCCCUGGUCCGUGAAUUUACUAAUCCGCCCUCGGGGAAUCUGAUUAUAAAUAGAGUAGCUCCUGCUGCUGUUGUCGUGCAGAAAAGCAGCUGCCUUGGGUGUGGACGUACGUACUUAAAUGAUGGAUUUAAUGAAUCUUGGUGGGCCUCACCAGAGUUGUCAGUCACAUUUUGGUAAAUUGAUUAAUUAAUUAUUAUGACCUGCCGAAAGGAAAAGUCAAAUUACUGUGCCCAACUCUCCAUCGCCUCCAUGGUAAGAAAUUGUAUGUGUGUACAAUUGGGCCUAACAAAUUUGGGCCUUAAAUGGGCUUUUGAAUAUGUAGCGGAGCCCAAAAGGUGGGGUUGUCAGAGGGAGUGAUGAGAAUGACGAUCGGGUGUGUUUACUUGUGA